GGAGGUGACCCAGCCAAAGACACAGCAUGACUCAUCGGGGGACGAGAGCGAUGGAACGAGUUUUACGGAAGACGAGGACGUCGAAGAGGGUCCUGGAAUCGAUGAGGUAGAGGAUGAUGAGGAUAGGUUGAUCAUGAGUGGUGGAGCGGGAAUACCCAUUGGACCGGACGGUGUUCCUCGACCACUAUUGCCUCCAAUCGCACCCCAUCACGCAGGCCGCAAAUGCCUCGUCCUCGACCUGGACGAGACGUUAGUGCACAGCAGCUUCAAAUCAAUACACCAGGCCGACUAUGUCGUGCCCGUCGAGAUCGAGUAUCACUGGCACAACGUCUACGUUAUAAAGCGUCCUGGCGUCGACAAUUUCUUGAAGAGGAUGGGGGAGAUCUACGAGAUCGUAGUCUUCACUGCAAGUCUGAGCAAGUAUGCGGACCCAGUACUGGACAAGCUGGACGUGAAUCGCGUGGUGACUCAUCGGCUGUUCCGGGAGAGCUGUUAUAACCAUAAAGGCAACUAUGUCAAGGACCUAUCACAACUAGGCAGACCCAUAGCAGAUACCAUCAUCCUUGAUAACUCUCCUGCUUCCUACAUCUUCCACCCCAACAACGCUGUUCCUGUGUCGUCAUGGUUCAACGAUCCCCAUGAUACGGAGCUCACCGAUCUCUGCCCAUUCCUUGCUGAUCUGGGCACCGUGGAUGAUGUUCGAGGAGUGUUGGAUGGAGGGCUAUAAUUCCUGUCGUCUCUAACUCUGUCCCUCUCUUAUCGUGAUUUUACCUCCGUCUCUCCACGUUGAGCUUCCCUCCCAGCUGAGGAGUUGAAAGGGCGUUACCAUACCGCAACCAUCGUUUGCUCUCCUUACCCCUGUCCCUCCCUUUUUUAGCCGCCUCAUCGGUCAUCGGUACAUACAGUCAGCCACGCUUCCCAUAUACCCCCCGCAAUCAACUCUGUCACGUUUGUUUCGGUCCCAAUUUGCACCCGUUGCUUCCAUCCUGUCCCACGUCGCCUCGCUCUCACUAAUAAUGCUACUGUUGCUGUCGUCGGGAAUAUACACGGCUAUGCCACUUCUUCCCCCUGGUCGGAUCCCUCAGCACCGCUCCCUCCUGUACCGCUUUAUUGGCCUCCCUAUUCUUCUCAGCUCACCAUGCGUAUCGGUUUUGCGCCUAUGCCCCACGCCGCUCACUUUUGCGUUUUAGAUCUUUUGUUGUCUUAGGCACAUGC